AGAGAGACGUCCAACCCCUAAAUCAAUUCCUCGGCUUAAAUAGUAACGCUUCCCUUCAUCUCUUCUGCUUCUAACAAGUCGAUUCGUUCGUCACAAAGCAUAAUGAAGCCAGCUAGAGGAAGUCUUCGUCUCUCGGGCAUGGCCACCACCAUCAUCGUCGUCACCUGCGCCAUUGGCUUUGCGAGCUUCCUUUACCUCGAGGACAUCGCCUACCUUGCCCGUGCAUCCGUCUCCAAACUAGGCUAUUCGUGCACCAUCAGGGACCAAGUACUCAAGGCCGACGCCGGCGUUAGCUCCGCAACCGCCGGGAAGACGCAGGCCAUGAAUAGGGCAGUAGCUGGGAAGGGAGAGGAGGAGGAUAAGAAGCCGAAAGAGAUGACGCAAGAGAUGGCAGCCGGCGCCAUGCAUGGGAGAGCCGGCGGCGGGAGGAAAGCCCGUACGGCGCCUGAGUGCAACGUAGUUGAAGGGAACUGGGUGUUCAACAGGUCGGUCGAGCCACUCUACUCAGACAGGUCGUGCCCUUACCUCGACAGGCAAGUACAGUGCGAGAACAAUGGAAGGCCGGACACAGACUACAAGUACUGGCAUUGGCAGCCUGACAACUGUGACUUGCCCAGGUUCGACGCUGCUGUUGCUUUGGAGAGACUCAAAGGGAAGAGGAUGAUGUUUGUGGGUGACUCUCUCCAAAAGGGAAUGUGGCUAUCCUUUGUGUGUUCGGUGGAGUCGCACAUACCUGAGCUUGAAAAGUCCCUAAUCCGUCGGGGUCGAGAUCUCUCCAUAUUUGUAGCCAAGGUGAUCCACCACGUCACAGAGCCCAUUUAUACUUCACGGCAACGGAAGAAAUACAAUGUGAGCAUCGAGUUCUACUGGGCUCCCUUCCUUGUCGAGUCCAACUCUGACAACCCCAUCAUCUCGGAUCCAAGGAAGAGGAUACUGAGGGUGGACUCCAUCUACAAGCAUGCCCGCCACUGGAUGGAUGCCGACAUCUUCGUCUUCAACACCUACGUCUGGUGGAUGAACGGAUUCCCCAUCAACUCCUUGUGGGGGUCCUUCAAGAACGGAGAGGAAGGCUACGAAGAACUGGACGCACCAACUGCGUACAUGAUUGGGCUGAAGACGUGGGCCAACUGGGUCGACUCCACCGUGGACCCAAACAGAACGAGGGUCUUCUUCACCACCAUGUCCCCCACCCACAUGAGGAGUGCUGAUUGGAACAAACCACAGGGCAUAAGAUGCUAUAAUGAAACAACCCCGAUGCUGCAGAAAGGAUAUUGGGGAAGCGGCUCCAGUGUCAAGAUCAUGGGCAUAGUCGACAGAAUAGUAAAGAGAAUGAAGGUUCCUGUGACCUUUAUCAACAUUACUCAGCUCUCAGAGCACAGGAAAGAUGGGCACACAUCCGUUUACACAGAAUUCAAAGGAAAGAUCAUGACAGAAGAGCAUUGGGCACAACCACAACAGUAUGCAGACUGCAUACAUUGGUGCUUGCCUGGAGUUCCCGACACGUGGAAUCAGCUCUUACUUACAUAUCUGUAAGGCCACAAGGUCUCCAACAAGAAGAAGCACCAACAUUUUAUUCAAGGCCACCAUCCAUCUAAAUACAUAUCUUUUAUCUACA